AUGGCCGUCAACCCGAACGAGGACACAGAAUUCAACGAUGCCCUCCGCAAACACGGCAUCCUCCCCCCGCGCGAGCCUGCCGCGCGUACACCUUCUCCGCCACCCUCGCCGACGCUCGAAGAGACACUAGACGAUCUCACUCCCGAUGAGCUAAGGGAUCUCGGCGAGGAUGCUGCAGAUGACGAGACGGAGCGUAUGAUCGAGCGCAUUCGGCGACAGCGUAUCGCGGAGCUGCAACGGCAGCAAAAGGCGCGGUUCGGGCGAGUGUACCCCAUCGGACGGGACGACUAUACCAGAGAGGUCACCGAGGCGAGCAGGACCACCGAGCAGGGCAAGCCGGCAGAGCAUGGUACUGGCGUGGUAUGCUUCCUGUACAAAGACGGUAUUCCCCGCAGCAACCGCGCAUUCGAGCACGUACAGAUCCUCGCACAGCGCCAUCCUGACACGAAGUUCGUCUCAAUCGUAGGAGACAAAUGUAUCCCCAACCUCCCCGACGUCAGGAUCCCGAUGUUCAUCGUAUACCGCAACGGCGAGGUCUUGAACCAGAUCGUUGCAUGGGGCGGCGAUCGCGAGCGCCGUAUCGAAGAGCUGGAAGCUGUGCUGAUACUAGCUGGCGCGAUCGUACCGCAGAUGCGCGCGCCGCCCAAAGACGACCGUCGCCGGGGAAGCGACAGCUCAGAGGAAGAGGAGUCGGAUGACGAGCCCUCAUCAAAGAUGCGCUCCGCUGCGACUAGGACAAACGGCAAGACGUCAAAGAAUAUCAGGACUGCCAAAGUAGAGGACGAUUCAGAUUCAGACUUUGAUAUAUGA